ACGUGUGCAAAGUGUAGCUUUUUUUUUUUGCCAAGAAAGUGUAGCUUAAAUAUUUUCAUCACUAGUUCACUCCAGAUCUCUGCAACAGAAAGUGCAAACAAAUGAAUAACAAUGGCUUCCAAGCUAACUUCAAAGCUCUUACAAUCCCUAAUCAUCUCCACUCUCACACUCAUCUUUCUCUACACCACUUUCUUCACCAUUAAUCCACCAUUUCAAGCAACCCCAUCUCCUCCAAAACACUCAAUUUCGCCUCAAUCACACUGCAAUCUGUUCACCGGCAAAUGGGUUUUUGACCCGACCCGGGAACCAAUUUAUGACUCCACAUGCCCAUUUCACAGGAACUCAUGGAAUUGCUUGAGGAAUCAAAGGGAGAACAUGGGUCGGAUCAAUUCUUGGAAAUGGGUGCCUGAAAAAUGUGAUCUUUCUCGGGUUGACCCGGUUGGGUUCAUGGGUCUGAUGAGGAAUAAAAGAAUUGGGUUUGUUGGGGAUUCUUUGAACGAGAAUUUUUUGGCUUCUUUUCUUUGUAUUUUGAGAGUUGGUGAUUUGGGUGCUAAGAAAUGGAAAAGGAAAGGGGCUUGGAGAGGCGCUUUUUAUCCGAAAUAUAAUUUGACAGUUGGGUAUCAUAGAGCUGUUUUGCUUGCCAAAUAUCAGUGGCAGCCAAAACAAUCGAGUGCCAGCGGAAAAGAUGAAUCAGAAGGAACCUAUCGGGUAGAUGUUGAUAUUCCAGCUGAUGACUGGGUUGGCAUUGCGGAUUUCUACGAUGUUCUCAUUUUCAAUACUGGGCACUGGUGGGGUUAUGAUAAAUUCCCAAAGCAGACACCUCUUGUUUUUUACCAGGCAGGGCAACCAAUACUUCCACCCUUGGGGAUGUUGGAAGGCUAUAAAACUGUCGUUGAAAAUAUGGCUGCUUAUGUUCAGAGGGAGUUCUCAAGAAAAACAAUCAAAUUUUGGCGGUUACAAUCACCUAGGCACUUUCAUGGUGGGGAGUGGAAUCAAAAUGGUAGUUGCUUGUUUGACAAUCCUCUUGAGGAAUCCCAGCUUGACUCAUGGUUCGAUCCCAAUAUGAAUGGAGUGAAUAAAGAAGCAAGGCAAUUUAAUCAAUUGAUUCGAGACGCAAUACAAGGCACAGAUAUUCGAGUGCUUGAUUUUACUCAUUUAAGUGAGUUCAGAGCAGAUGCACAUCCAGCAAUUUGGUUAGGAAAGAAAGAUGCUGUGGCAGUUUGGGGUCAGGACUGUAUGCACUGGUGCUUACCCGGUGUUCCUGACACGUGGGUUGAUAUUUUGUCACAACUUAUUCGUGAUAGCUUAGAGACAAGAUGACAAGUGUAGUUCAAUUUUGCUCGAGGUUCAGGUUUGAAAAAUUCUUUCGGCAUUUACAGAAUUGUUGAUCAGAGAGCUUCUGUAGAUUGUACUGGUGAUGUAGACAGUUUGCUCAUACAGUGGUUUAUGCAUACUGCCGAGAAGUCGAGAACUGUGUUGUUGCCAUAUCUGAUUAAAGAGAUCUGCCAUUCUAUUGCUAUUUUUGUUGGUAUAAUCAACGUCUUCUACCAAUAUGAUAUACCUGAAUCUUGAUCGUAUCAACAAAAACAGGAUGGAGAGGCAAUGCUGAUCAACUGACACCAGAACUUUGUAAAUUUUAUUGAUCUUCAUUAUGACCAAAUUAUAUCUUUUUGUCAAAUUACUGAAAAGAAUUGGUAGAUGUUGUGGCAAUACCACAAUAGUUUUUACAGUACCAAUGCAUAGUAUUACUUUACAUGAAUGUAUUUUGUACUGCUAUAAGUUUCAUAAAUAGAAAAGAAUGUACUAUAAUUUUCAUAA